AUGCUGGCCACACAAACCCUGCCUUUGCGUAACGACAGCGAUCGACUGGUCGACAGCAAGGUCUUAGACGCGACCAAAGGGCGGGACGACUACCACAGGGCUACAGGCGGUCGGCCGGUGCAGUCGGCCCUGGAGCCGCACGAGGACUCGUUCACGGUUUACCUCUCCAACCUCCCCGCUGGACCCUACCGUGGCGUCUCUCUGCUGGUCCAAGGGAAGCUCUUCUUCGAAAGCAGGCCAAGGCUCGAGGGAGAAGAAGUGGUGACGACCACCAUCGAGCUGCCGCCGCUGAUGCAUGACGGCGUGGUGGAGCUCGAAGUGAAGAUCCCAGCCAGGAACAUCCACCGACGGAUGCAGGUGAGGCUUGACCAGGGAAGCCACCUCCUGGUGCAAUGGAAUCCAGACACCGAGAACAAAGAGGUUGAAGGGGAACAGCUUCACGUAAGCCAGCAGCCCGUUCCCUUCGUAAUGUAA